CACGUUUCUUUGAUCCCCCCUCCCUCCCCUUUAACAACAGCUGACGUCAUCGCGCGUAUCACCUCCUCCUUGCUUCCAGCGCGCUGAUUUAGCCAGUGUGUGCGGCAGUGCUCGCGCGCACGCGAGUCGGGGAGCGCGGGGCAGGGGUUUUUGUCUCGCAGAGCGAAGUGGUCUGUUCCUCAGAAGGCUCGCGCGCACCGAGGGAGCAGCAGCACGCAGCAGCGAACAGAACAAAGGGAUUUAAUUUAGCCGCUUGUGUCCUCGUGCCUGCUCCGGUCUCUUGCUGCUGUAAGCUAACCGGGAACGUUUCACCAGGACCGUCCUGCUCCUACGUUCCCGACCGAGGUUUAUUAUGGAGGAGCAGCUGCUGUGCUGCGAAGUGGACUCUAUCAGGAGAGCCUACCAGGACGAGAACCUACUUAAUGACCGAGUUCUACAGACUAUGCUGAAGGCAGAGGAGAACUACCUACCGUCCCCCAACUACUUUAAAUGUGUUCAGAAAGAGAUUAUACCCAAAAUGAGGAAAAUACUAGCCACUUGGAUGUUGGAGGUCUGCGAGGAGCAGAAGUGCGAGGAGGAGGUUUUUCCGCUGGCGAUGAACUAUUUGGACAGAUUUUUAUCAGUGGAGGCCACCAGGAAAACGAGACUACAGCUGCUUGGAGCAACGUGCAUGUUUCUAGCAUCGAAGAUGAAGGAGACUGUUCCUCUAACUGCAGAGAAGCUUUGCAUCUACACGGACAACUCAGUCAUACCUGGGGAGCUGCUGCAAAUGGAGCUGCUAGUUCUCAACAAGCUCAAGUGGGAUCUGGCUUCAGUCACUCCUCAUGACUUCAUUGAGCACUUCCUGUCCAAGCUGAAGAUCCACCCAUCCACAAAGCAGAUCCUCAGGAAACAUGCUCAGACCUUCGUGGCGCUCUGUGCGACAGAUGUCAACUUUAUUGCUAGCCCUCCAUCAAUGGUAGCAGCAGGAAGUGUGGUGGCAGCUGUUCAAGGGCUCUACCUGAAGAGCCAAGAUGCCUCCUUAUCCUCACCUAACCUCACCAACUUUUUGUCACAGGUCAUUCGCAGUGACCCGGACUGCCUGCGGUCAUGUCAGGAGCAGAUUGAGUCGCUGCUUGAGUCCAGCCUGCGGCAGGCCCAGCAGCACAACGGCCCGACGGAAACCAAACGCAUGGAUGAGGAAGUGGACCUGUCCUGCACGCCCACGGAUGUGAGAGACAUCAACAUUUGAGGAAUGUUGUUGGCCUUGUCACCCGAUAAACCUAUUGAUCAAGGAAACGUUGGUGUCAAGAAGCACUGAUGGAAGGGUCGGGGAGGGGGUCUCAUAGUCCCAACUCUGCAUACCCACCUUGUUUCUUCUCCUGCUUCCUGGUUGGCUGCCAUUAUAGCCUAUCAUUCCACUUUUCUGCUAUGGCUGCCAAGACAAGACAAAAUGCCCCUCUGCCAUGCAGCACACCCAAUGUCACAGUGACACCCCCUCCCCUCUAAAGGAACGAAUGAACUCUACAGAAAUGUACCUGAGAAAAAGGAGAAUGAAAAAUGGUAUCCUGUGGGGGCUGGAGCUAAGGCCACAGAAGCUGACAGUUUAGUAGAUAGUUUUUGUUUUUCUUCAUAUAAUUUGCUAGGAAUUUUUCAAUUAUUGCAGAUCCAGCAAUCCCACUAAACAAGUAGGUCCUCUUAGUCCAUUUCCAGGACUUCUCUUGAAAUAUGACAUGUUUUAAAGCAAAGACGCUGUUUUCUUUCCCUUUGUUUUAUAUGUAGAAUUAUUUUAGUCCAUCUGUCCAAGUCCUCUUGUCUGUCUCAUUUAUCCCUGCUUGCUUAUGUUUAGUCACUUUAAUAUUUUAAUUCUAGACAUUAUUAGUCUUAUACCUCUUCUGUUCCAUACUUAUUGUUUGGUUUGUUAAAGACAGCAUAAUGAGUAACACUCUGUUUUCAUGAUCUUUGAAACCACCAGCUGCUGCUGUGGACAAAUAGAAAGCUUUUCUCGUUCCUGGACAGCAUUUGUUUAGCUCAUUUCAGUUUGCUGUAAUUUGACGACACCAAACCUGUGCAUGUGUAAGAGUCACCAGUCCGUUUUCAUUCUCUGCAUACCUACACCAUUCCAAUGGUUGUUUUUCUAUAAAAGAAAAAGCACUUUUGGUCAGUAACGCUGGCUCAAGUAAAAAAAGAAGAAAGAAACUUACAUUGAUGAAAUAUUGUGGAAAUAUAACAAAGGAAUAGUGAAGUGGAGUGGUGAGCUGGAAUCUGUUGGAAAAGGAGAUGUAGAGUAGCAUUUGCAUACAGUUGCACCUGAUGAGACAAAGAGUUGAUCUGCGUGGCACACUGGUGCUGCCUGUUGAGGCCAUUUUUACUGCAUUAUCUGAAAAUGUCAGUAUCAGGAGCAAGCUGGAAACAUUCAGUGGGGAAAAGUCUGAUUUCUACCAUUCAAAUAAGUGUUUGUAUUGUAAUAUACAAAUAGAAAUUAUAAUUUUUUUAACAUUAAACAGAUCCUGGGCUGCACAGUGGAA